UUUCAUUAGUGUAUCCAAAGUGAUCCAUGUCGUCCAGGCAGACAAGUACGUCAAUUAUCGUGUAUUUCUGUACAAGUCAACGGAUCACUUCGCGAACUGCCAAUGGCAGCUUGCUAUAUGACUGGGAAAGCAAUUCAACCAACAUGGCGUCGAUGUUUUGAAGAAAGUUCAAGAAAAUGUGACAGCAAACCACCAAUGAUUAAUACUGACACUUUAACUAUUGUUCAGAUGAGAAAAGUGAAAGUGAUUGAUUUGAAAGUUGGCCAGCAAGCAUUCGUAAUACCAUUUACCCGUGUAACUGUACGAUGUCCUGUACAGUAUUUUACAGCACAAGAAUUACAAUGGGCUAACCCAAACCAUGGGAUAUUAGCCUAUACAGGAGCAAUAUCUGAUAGAAUAAGGGUAGAUAAACGAGGAAGGUUACACAUACGAAGUUUCCGUCUCAUUGACGAAGGUGACUGGACGUGUAUAGCUGGUUCAAUGAAUGCCACAGUCACGUUAACAGCUAGAACUCCAGCAGCAGGAUUCCACGAUUGGGUGCAAAGAAAUAGAUUAUGGACCAAAGGUAUGCUUAGCGAUGAUCCUAAAGCAAUAGCUAUAAACCAUGAAAUUAUUCAAUGGGUUGUUGGACCAUGGAGUACAUGUUCUACAAGUUGUGGCCAAACUGGACAACAAUUUCGUGUAGUCAGAUGUGAAAAAGUUGAUAGUCGAUUCUAUCAAAUACUGAAUGAUCAAGUAUGCAUUGAUAAGCUAUUGCCAAAACCACCAAGUACACGAAAGUGUUUAGAAAGUAACAAAUGUCCAACAUGGUUCGUUGAAAACCGUGAUAUAUCUGUUUGUACAGAUCGGUGUUUAGAUGUUGGUAAAGGUUCAAUUAGUGGAAAUUUAGUCUGUAUGAUUGGUGAGAGAACAGUCGCCACAAAAUAUUGCGAUAAAUUAGAUAAACCAAAUAUGGAAUGUGAAAACCCCAUAUGUCAAGUACGAUGGAACGUUAGUAAUUGGUCUCAAUGCUCACGUUCAUGUGGUGGAGUUGGUGUUCAAGCUAGACACCUUCUGUGUACUUGGUCACAUAAUGGUGAAUUGGCAGGUUCAUUGUGUUAUUCCCAUCAACUUGCUAUUCCAGACGUGAUACGAUCAUGUGAAGUACCUCCAUGUAAAUUAGUGGUAAUAGCGUCAAAAGUAAUUAGUACCAAUACACAGACUUAUCGAAACACGUUGUUGAGUGGAAGGAAACCGAAAUUGAAAUCACCAACUAGUUUUUGCAAACACUGA